UGUAGCUUUAAGGGAACAAAUGGGAGGUGGUCAGAGUGUCAGAAUGUCUUGUCUCUGUUCUUUAUGUGUUUUUUUCUGACUGACCAGGAGUGAAAGAGGACAGGACAGGUCAUGGAGGUUUUACAAGGACUCUUUGUUCUACUCAUAGCUGUUCUAACAUCUCCACAAGAUUCCGUCUUCUGUGUACCUCAAAUCGCUCCAGAAAAUACGAUAACCAGGCUCAGCAGCCCACUGACCCUCAACUGUUCAUCAUCCUGUCCCCAUGGCAAGGCUACAUGGAAAGUUAUGCAGGAUUCUCUCUUUGCAAGUGUAAAUCCUCAUGGGCACUACAGCACCAUGGAGGUCCAAAGCAUUACAAUGGAACACACAUCUUUUACCUGUGAAGAAAGGUGUGACAAAAAACGUUCAAGAACGGUCAAGCUUUAUCAUUUUUUAGGCCCAACCAUCACCACUGACCCAAAGGAUCCAGAGACAGGUCAACCAUUCCAGGUGAAGUGUGAGGUGAAAAUUCAUCCAGGCCUUUCAGCAGAGCUGGAGUUAACACAUGGAGAGAGGGUCCUGUCCAACCAGACAAAGUGUCCAGAAAAUUUCUCCAGCAUUCUCCAAACCUGUGAGGUUUCUUCUAAAGAGAACAUUUUGGUGUCUGAAGCCCAGUACAAGUGUGAGGCUACUCUGCGAAAAGAUUCCUCACAACGCAUUGAAUCAGCGAAUUUAUCAUUGAAACUCAGAGCUGCUUUGACCACACACCUUCCUACAGAGACCACACCCCUUGCUAAAGAGACCGUAGCCUUUCCUAAAGAGACCACACCCCUUCCUACAGCAUCCACCCCUAAGUCCACAGCAUCAGUGGUCACCAAGGAAGUAACCAUCCAAACAGACCUGCUGAACACUCAAUCUAACACUGCUUUGAAAAAAGCUGCUUCGACCACACACCUUCCUACAGAUACCACACCCCUUGCUAAAAAGACCGAAGCCGUUCCUAAAGAGACCACACCCCUUCCUAAAGAGACCACACCCCUUCCUACAGAGACCACACCCCUUCCUAAAGAGACCACACCACUUGCUAAAAAGACCGUAGCCUUUCCUAAAGAGACCACACCCCUUGCUAAAAAGACCGUAGCCUUUCCUAAAGAGACCACACCCCUUGCUAAAGAGACCGUAGCCUUUCCUAAAGAGACCACACCCCUUGCUAAAGAGACUGUAGCCUUUCCUAAAGAGACCACACCCCUUGCUAAAGUGACUGUAGCCUUUCCUAAAGAGACCACACCCCCUCCUACAGCAUCCACAACAAAGUCCACAGCAUCAGUGGUCACCAAGAGAGUAACCAUUCAAACAGACCUGCUGAACACUCAAUCUAACACUGCUUUGAAAAGUUCUGCCGCUGUGAGAACAUCAUCAUCAGCAUCGUCAUCCGAUAAACAGGCAACUCUGAAUGAAAGCUCCUCCAGCACCAUCUGGGUGGCAGUGAUCAUAUGUGUGGUCAUUCUGGUUUUGGUCAUCUGCUUUGUCUUGUUCUUCUGUUUUAAGAAACGUAAAGAAGCACAGCCUCAGCAGAAAGAAACUCUCCAAUUCUGUAAUCUGUGAUGUACAGUGUUCUGUUCAGCCAGCGGUUUAAACUUGAUGAUUUAAACAAUUUAAACUAGAUGAAUUCUGACUAAUGUCCCAGCUGGAAGCAGUCAUUUAAAUAAAUCAAAUAUAUUUACCAAUUUAAUGACAACACUGGCCAGAGAACACGCUUAUAAUCAUAUAUUGGGUUAUGCAGUGUUCCACUGCUGUGGCUUAUGUAAUCAUAUACUUUAUAUUACAAUUCCAAUAAAACUCAAUAAUUACAAAA